CCCAGUGACGUCAAAAUGCAAAUGAAAGGUGCUUCGAGUCUGAACAGGCAGCUUGUGCGCUCGAACAAUCCCUUCCACAUGCCAUCUGCUUUUACUUGAGCCCUGGGCACACGUGCCAAAAGAGCCCCGCGAGCAUAGAGACCUUCUUGUCAUCACUGAGCUGGCUCUGUCCGCUUCUCUGCCUCUUCACUGUGCAAUCUGGUGCAUGGCACUGAUCGCUGCUCACUGCCAGGACUGCUUCAGUCCGAUGUAUAGAGGGGGAAAAGACCAUUCUGAGAGCCAAGAAGCUCAACAUACCACUUCUGCUUUUGUUGUCUGUGUGAGGCAAGGCAGGUUGUGUUUCACAUGUGAACACAGAGUAGGGGAACAGGGCCAGAGGAUGCAGAGUGUCAGUUACAGAGCUUUGAGAGUCUUAAUGGUUUAAGUCCCAAGUGGUCUGACACUCUUUCCAAAAUAGGAUAAUAUAAAUCCCUUAUGAUGAGCAAUGUAUUUAUGAGACGUUUUACACAUUCAAAUCAGCUUCAUCAUCUAAAUAGGAAUCUUAGUUUAAUGUUUAGUUUCAUCUGUAGGUAGAGCCACCUAACCCUCCCCAUCACCAAGUUAUUGUUUAGCCCAGUCAGUGCUGGUUUUAUACUCAGCCCUGUGUGGAUGCUUGAAAGCCUACACGGGUCAGGACUCUGUCAGCAGAAGUGAGAUGGCUUUUGUUUAACACAAGUACAGCUUCUCCUGCAACUUUGGCACUGUUUCUAGAAAAGAAAACUGCUGCUUCCACCCCGUAGGAUUUUCUCAGCUGAAUGGUAAUGACCUUUUCCUCCUCUGAGAAAAUAUGCAUUUGAAUGGCUGAGUGAAUAUCUUACAAAACAGAGGAUAAGUUCUAAUUGGUUUUAUGGAAAUUCAGGGAAAUUAAAAGAGGAGGAAGUGUGAAAGGGGAGUUUACUUUGGAUUAUUUCAUAUCACAGAAGGUCAACAGUACAGAGUAAUAGUCACUUUGAUCCUCUUGGAAGAAUCUGUCUGGUUAUCAUUAAACUGAAUCAAAUUGAUAGCGACAAAAAUGUAAAUGUUGCAUAUUUCUAUCCUUUGUCAGAGCUAUCGCGCUUGGAGUCAUGUGAGUUUUGCACAUGUAAAAUUCAUUCGAGAGAGACAAACAUUGCUUUCAUACUGUUUUCCCGAUCCUCUGCAGUCAACAAUAAAGCCCACAUUUUGAUGUCAUCAAAAACCAAUCAGAAUGCAAAUUGUUGUUUCCUUGAGAAAUAGCGAUAUGCCCUCAGUCCAAAUUAUCUAAAAUGCCCCAACUGUUGGUGUAAUAAAUCCAAACAUUUGUGUAUUUUCUUGAGAACAUCAGUGUGUUACAUUGUGUGAACAAACCUUGUGAAUGUGUUUGAUUAGAUAGAUUGUUCAGAAUCAUGAGAGCCGGGCCAGAACAGUGAAGUGGUGUGGGUGAGGAGUAGGUGGUGUAUGGCACUCAUUCAUUAUUCAUGAGAUGGGUGGGUAGAGUGGCAGUGACAGACAAACUCCAUUACUGAAGUGUAUCAACUCCUCUAGGGUUCUUGACCUGAUAUUUGAAGGACUGAGUCUUUAAUUGGUAUACUGCACAAACAAGAAUAAUUUCGGGUGAGAAAGGUCAUUGGCAUUAUCGAUGCCUCGGGGAAGCUACAGAGAUGGGGAGGAGAGAACCCUGAUUUGACUUUGCAUGAGAGAGAACGGAAGAGUUGGUAAAGAAAAGAGUCGCUUGGUUCCAUGCACUGUGAAGAUGGGACCACUGCUCGAACCAGCGCUGCUGCUGCUGCUGCUGCUUUUAUGGCCGAGUGUUUGGGCUUUCGACAUCCCUCUGGAAAUCAGGCAGCCCCCAACCAUCAUAAAGCAGUCAAUGAAGGAGCAUAUUGUUGACCCCAAAGACACCAUGGUCAUCGAAUGUGAAGCCAAGGGAAACCCUCAUCCUAUUUUCUCAUGGAGGCGUAAUGGGAAGUAUUUCAACGUGGCACGUGAUGCUCAAGCUUCAAUGCGCAGACGCUCAGGGACGCUGGACAUCUACGCCUGGAACAAUCCAGAACAAUAUGAGGCAGAGUAUCAGUGCAUUGCAUCCAAUGAGUAUGGAUCUGCUUACUCCCACAAGAUCAGACUACGGCUAUACAGAGCUCCUGUGUGGCCAAGGGAGGUUCUGGAGCCCGUGGUGGUCAGCGCUGGCUUGCCUCUGGUCCUGUCCUGUGACCCGCCACCAGGCCCGCCAAAACCUGAAAUCUACUGGAUGUCCAGCUGCUCGUAUGCGAGACCUUUCAACUGGCCCAUUCAGACAGCUUUCCCCACCAUGCAGCCUGUGCGUCAGGACCGCAGGAUAUCCAUGGGAGUAAACGGAGAUCUGUACUUCUCUAACGUCCUGUUCAACGAUUCUGCUGCUGAUUACUGCUGUAAUGCCCGCUUCCCCUACAAGAAUGUCAUCCAACAGAAGAUGCCCGUGGUUGUUAAAGUGCUUACGACUCGUACAGUGUCCGAGGCUGCCCCCACCUGGCUGUCUCCCACAGGCUCGUCCAGCUCCAUUCUCGUCCUGCAAGGGGAAGAACUGCUCCUGGAGUGUAUCGCUGCAGGGAUGCCAACUCCUCGCAUAACCUGGACCAAGGAUGGUGACGACCUCGUGGUGACGCCGCGGAUGAAAGUAAAGAACUUCAGCAAGAUGAUUCAAAUCCCAAAGGCAUCUUUUGAUGAUGUGGGUGAAUACACUUGCACUGCUACCAAUAAUAUUGGAUACAUUGAGCACACGAUAACCGUCAGGGUCAAAGCGGCUCCUUUUUGGCUGGAGAAACCCACUAAUCUGGUCUUGGCCCCGGAGGAAAAUGGACGCCUGGUGUGUCGUUCUGAUGGGGCUCCUCGUCCCACUAUCAGCUGGUUUAUCAACGGGGAGCCAAUUGAAACUGCAACACCGCAGCCUAACAGACAGGUGGCAGGAGACACACUGACUCUACGCAGUGUGACUGCUGAAAACACCGCUGUCUACCAGUGCAAUGCUUCAAAUCAGUAUGGCUACUUAAUGGCCAAUGCUUUUGUCAACGUGCUACAUGCAACGCCACGUAUCUUUGGGCCCAGAAAUGAACUCAUCAAGGUGACAGAGGGCAGUCGUUGCUUCUUAGACUGUCGCUACUUUGGUUCCCCCGUGCCUGAAUUGCGAUGGUCCAAAUAUGGACAAGGGAAUCUGGAAGGAAAUCGUUUUAAGAUCCACAGUAACGGGACCCUGGAGAUCAAACACAUACGGAUAGAUGACCAGGGAAUCUACCUGUGUGUUGUCAGCAACAUUGCAGGAAGAGAAGAAAGUCAAGUCCGAGUAGAAGUAAAAGAGCCCACUUUAAUUGUCACAAGACCACAGAGUAUGAAAGUCAUCCGUGGAAGUGAUGUGCGCUUUGAGUGUGGUGUAAAAGCAGAUGUCACUACUCCUGUCACAACCACCUGGAUGAAAGACAAAAAAUAUGUCACUUUGGGCUGGAGACUCUCUCUGGAUGAAUCAAAUCUGAUUAUCACUAAUGUAAACAGAGGCGAUGAGGGCAAUUAUACCUGUGUCAUCAAGAGUGAACUGGACCAGAAAUCUGCCUCAGCACGCCUAAUGGUGAUGGACCGUCCAGAUCCUCCCACUAAGUUGGAGUUGUCAGAUCCAUAUGAACGCAGUGUAAGACUCAGUUGGGUCCCUGGAGACAGCAACCACAAUCCUAUAACAGAGUACAUAGUGCAGUAUGAUGAUGAUGACUGGUUGCCUGGGAAGUGGCGAAACCUUUCAAGCUACCCAGGGGACCUCAACUCAGUCAUUCUGCACCUUACACCCUUCACCUACUAUGAGUUUCGGGUUAUCGCUGUCAAUGCAAUCGGAAUGAGUCGCCCUAGUCGCCCAUCUACGCGCUUCCAGAGCAGUGGUGCACCUCCAGAUGUCAUCCCAAAGAACGUAAAGGGUGUGGGUACAUGGAGGAAUAACAUGGAAAUCAGCUGGGAGCCUCUGACCUACAGAGAGUGGAAUGGGCCCCACCUGAAGUAUCUGGUGUGGUGGAGAAGAAGAGAAUCCAGAGAGGAGUGGAAGAAUGCAACCACUAAAUGGGCGAGAUACUACAUCUACGAUGCAGAUACCUUCACUCCAUAUGACAUCAAAGUCCAGGCUGUCAACGACUUUGGGCUGGGUCCAGAGUCUCCUGUUAUCAUUGGUUACUCUGGGGAAGACCGUCCCUUAACUGCACCCCUGAACCUGAGAGUGUCCGAUAUCGAGAGCACCCAGGUGACUUUGCACUGGGACUCUGUAACACGUGGCUCUAUGAUGGGAUCACUGAAAGAAUACAAGGCCUACUACUGGAGGGACAGCAGCCAGCUCAGGUGGCUGAGGGUCAACAGAGGGAUGAAGUCCAAAUCCUUCCCAGACAAUGAUCCAGAGCCCUCUGGGGUUCUCACUGGGCUCAUCCCCUAUAGCAACUACAAGCUGUAUCUAGUGGUGGCGAACAAUCGAUAUGAAGGGCCGCCCAGUAAUAAUAUACACUUCUCAACGCCUGAAGGAGUACCAUCUGCUCCAACAUCCUUCAGGAUCCAACAGCGACAUCUGGACAGUAUUUAUGUUGACUGGGACCUGCCAGCAGAACCCAACGGUAUCAUUACUGGAUAUUCCCUCAAGUACCAAACAGUGAAUGCCACCAGGGGUGAGGAGCUGCGGGUAGAAGAGUUAACUCCAAAUAUAACAAGUUUCUCACUCCGGCGAUACGACCGCUACACUCGAUACAGAUUCUACGUGGCGGCGAGAACUCGGAUCGGGAUAGGGGAAUGGCAUAUGGAGGAGUCACCCCACUACACCACUGAAACGUAUGCUCAGGACCAAGUGGACAUCUCCACUCAGGGCUGGUUCAUCGGGAUUAUGUGUGCUGUGGCUCUGAUCGUGCUCAUCCUACUCAUAGUCUGUUUCAUCAAAAGGAGCCGAGGGGGGAAAUACCCAGUUCGGGAAAAAAAAGACAUUUCAUUGGAGCCAGUGGAUGACAAAGAUCAGGAUGGAACAUUUGACUACAGGAUAACCCGUGUCUCCACUCUGCCUUACCCCCGACGAGACGAGGAAAGAGGGCUUCAAAGAAGCCAGCCGUCUAUGGAGGCAAUGAUAAAGCGAUCAGACAGUGACGACAGUCUAGUGGACUAUGGUGAAGGAGGCGAGAUACCGUUCAACGAGGACGGCUCGUUCAUCGGCCAGUACACAGGAACCAGGAGAGAUGUCAGGGAGUUGGACUUUGGUGGAAGUCUGGAGCUGCACUCUCCCAUGAAUACCAUCUACUCCCUAGCGUAAAAAUCAAAAGUCAAACUGACUUCUUAUUUAUAAUAUGACUUUACCGUGCUUGUACCCUUCACCUUGAAAUAAGAACUCGUGGUGCUUGUGGUUUGUCUGCUGGAGCCUGGGGUGCUGUUAACCCCUGUGUCCUUGCAGACAAUGCAACAUUCAUUGCAUUUAAAGAAGAACAUGGUUGAAGAGUUUGGACAAUACUAGAGCUGAGAAUCCUAAGCAAGUUUUACCUUUUGUGUUUCAUAUGGCAUUUCCUGUAAAUGAAAAUGCUGCAUGUUUGUGCGCAUGCAUGCACAUGAGUCCAUGUUCAGUUAUCCUGCCAAUGCAGAGACACGAGCUGUAGAGGAGACAGAAGUGGAUCAGUUUAUCAUGUUGAUAAAAGCAGUUUCAAGUACCAACUUAACUACUCCAAUAUAGAUUUUUCUUUCCGCUUAUUUCAAUAAUGAGAGUUAUUAUUUUUGUGUUGGCUGUUUGAAAUAAUGGCAGCAUACCAUAGAUCAAGGAAGCUACAAUGUACUCUUUGCUUCAUACGCUAGUCUUUAUGGUGCAGUGUGAGAGUAUACAAGUCUUGUUGGUGCUAGGUGAAGGAUAAUAAAAUAUCUCCAGGGACUAAUGGUUCAGCUGCACGGUUCAGUUGGAGAAAUAUGCUCUGCAAGGUCAUACCAGUUGGGAAUCAUCAAACAGCCAUAAACCAGCUCUAAAAUCAGAAGUUGCUCAUGUUUCUCUAUGCCCUCGCUUAACUGUCUCCCCAUUUAUCUCUCUAUGGAGAUGGAUAGAAAUCAUUAAUCUUAAUCUAACGGUUUUAGUUUAUUUGAUCCCUAACAUCAUCUGUGUAUAAUCACAGUUAUGUCUAAAUGUAAAUAAAGUGAAAAUAUGUAUUUC